AGCUGGACAAGGUCCUGCAGAAGUUCCUCACCUACGGGCAGCACUGCGAGCAGAGCCUGGAAGAGCUACUGCACUACGUGGGCCAGCUGAGGGCUGAGCUGGCCAGUGCAGGUUUUUAAUCUAGGACAUUUCCUCGACCCUCCUUUAUCUUCUGUGACAGUGACAUUUUGAAGCAUUAAGCUUUGCCUGUUCUGGAUAUUUCAUGCACGUGGAAUCAUAUAACGUGGCCUUUGGUGUCUGGCCUCUUUCACUUCGCAGAAUGUUUUCAAAGUUCAUCCCUGUUGUGGCAUGGCUGAUUAGGGUUCCAUGAUGAGGAAAUGAAGGCCCAGAGAUCUGGGUUGCCCUAAGUCAUGCAGUUAAAAAGUAGCAGGACCCAGGAUAGAAGCUCCUCCAGCCCUCCAGGGGACGCCACUCUCAGCCACCCUCUCUCUUGUGAUGUCCCAGUGCUGCCGGAAGAUCAAAGACACCGUGCAGAAGCUGGCUUCAGACCACAAGGACAUCCACAGCAGUGUCUCCCGAGUGGGCAAAGCCAUCGACAGGAACUUUGACUCUGAGAUCUGCGGUGUAGUCUCUGACGCGGUGUGGGACUCGCGGGAGAAGCAGCAGCAGAUCCUGCAGAUGGCCAUCGUGGAGCACCUGUACCAGGAGGGCAUGCUCAGCGUUGCCGAGGAGCUGUGUCAGGAAUCAACACUGAAUGUGGAUUUGGACUUCAAACAGCCUUUCCUGGAGUUGAACCGAAUCCUGGAAGCUCUGCAUGAACAAGACCUGGGCCCUGCCUUGGAAUGGGCCGUCUCCCACAGGCAGCGCCUACUGGAGCUCAACAGCUCCCUGGAGUUCAAGCUGCACCGCCUGCAUUUCAUCCGCCUCCUGGCGGGCGGCCCUGAGAAGCAGCUGGAGGCCCUCAGCUAUGCCCGGCACUUCCAGCCCUUUGCUCGUCUGCACCAGCGCGAGAUCCAGGUGAUGAUGGGCAGCCUGGUGUACCUGCCGCUGGGCUUGGAGAAGUCGCCCUAUGGCCACCUCCUGGACAACAGCCAUUGGGCCGAGAUCUGUGAGACCUUCACCCGGGAUGCUUGUUCCCUGCUGGGGCUUUCUGUAGAGUCCCCACUCAGCGUCAGUUUUGCCUCUGGCUGUGUGGCCCUGCCUGUGCUGAUGAACAUCAAAGCUGUGAUUGAGCAGCGACAGUGCACCGGGGUCUGGAGCCACAAAGAUGAGUUGCCGAUCGAGAUCGAAUUAGGCAUGAAGUGCUGGUACCACUCAGUGUUCGCUUGCCCCAUCCUCCGCCAGCAGACGUCGGACUCUAACCCUCCCAUCAAGCUCAUCUGCGGCCACGUGAUCUCCCGAGACGCGCUCAACAAACUCAUUAACGGAGGAAAGCUGAAGUGUCCCUACUGUCCCAUGGAGCAGAACCCAGCGGAUGGGAAACGUAUCAUCUUCUGAUUCCUGCCUGGAAGGAACUUUGUCAAAGGGUCUUUCACCCCUGAGCCUUGGUUGGGUGGUUGGCCUCAGUAGUUUGUGUUCAUUUCAGAGCAACUGGCUGAGGAGGGCUCCCUUGGGGAGGGGCCGAGGAGGGAGGUGGACCACCCUGCACUGGGCAGCUGGCUCCUCUGCUGGCAAGGAAUGAAGAUGCUGGCCUCUUUCCAUCCCUGCCCUCUGCCGUAUCUUUUGCCAUGCCAACACCAUGCUAACCCUGGCCUGUGGUAACCCUGGCACCACAUGGGUACCUGCUGUGGCCACCUCUUGCUGUACACAACUGUAUGUAUGAAUCUCCCACUGUAAAUAGUCCAAGUGAGAGCUGAAUGUCACUGUUUUCUAACUGUAAGUAAAUAUAUUCUCCUUA